AACUGUUUUUCGUCGUACCUAUUAUUCUCUAAUUCACAAUAAAAACAAAGUAAUAAUGAUAAAUGAGUAGAGAUCGGAGAGUGACGAUAAAGUAGUCGCGAGUAAUCAAAAGUUGCGAACAGUGAAUUGCAAAGCCUAGAAAAAAUUGCAAAGUACAGGUACAUAAUUGAGAACUAGAGAGACUUACAAAAUAAAUUCAAGAACGUUGAAUUUUUUAAAUAACAAAAAAUCAUAUUACUGGGAAAAUGUCGUAAGAGUUUGCAGAAGUUCUGAUAAUACCUCUUGACAAGUUUCUUCUCUACAUUUUUUUUUUAAAUGAAAUCAAACUGUACGAUGAAAGUGAUUUCGUUGUAUUUCCUUGUUAUCGUCGGAAUAACUUGUGCCGAUGAUGAUAAAGUGCGAUACGAUGGGUAUAGACUGUACAAGGUGCAUGUCACGGAUGAUACUAAACUCGAACUGCUCCACACAAUGCGAGACAGCGAUGGUUACGCGUUCUGGGAACGACCAAGGGUCAAUUACACUGCGGAUGUUAUGAUAUCGCCGGAGAAACUUCAGGAGUUCAUGCAAAUCGCAAAUACGUCGGAACUUGAACCUGAAUUGAUGAUGGAGAACGUGCAGAAGUAUAUCGACAAUGAAAAUCCUCGUAGAAACGUGCGUGGCAAUUUUGACUGGCUGGGAUAUCAUCGAUUGGACGUAAUCUAUCGAUGGCUGGAUUCUCUGGUGACUCAACACCCCGAAAUCGUGAAACCAGUGACAGGUGGUAGCAGCUACCAAGGACGAAGCAUAAGAGGCGUGAAGCUCUCUUACAAAGAGGGCAAUCCUGGCGUGUUCAUCGAAGGUGGAAUCCACGCCAGGGAGUGGAUAUCGCCGGCUGUCGUAACUUACAUCCUGAAUGAAUUGAUACUUAGCGACGAUCCACGCAUCAGAUACAUGGCUGAGUCUUACGACUGGUACAUCUUCCCCGUAUUCAAUCCGGAUGGUUACGAGUACACGCACACAACGAAUCGUCUUUGGCGAAAAACAAGACGACCGACUAGAGGAGGAUGCAUCGGUGCUGAUCCCAACAGAAACUGGAACUUCCAUUGGGCAGAUGGUGGUACCAGUCCAUUUCCUUGCAGCGAGAUAUACCCCGGCGAUAAGCCAUUCUCCGAAACGGAAACGAGAACCAUGUCAGAAUACAUUGACAGCAUCCACGAAAAGAUAUUCGCCUACAUAGCAUUUCACAGUUACAGUCAAUUGUUGCUCAUCCCUUACGGCCACACCAACAAAAGGGUCUACAACUACAACGACCUGUUUCAAAUUGGAAAUUACUCAGCGAACGCUCUGUCGAAAAGAUACGGAACAAAAUACAGAGUUGGAAACAUCGUCGACAUUAUAUAUGUUGCAUCCGGUGGAUCGAUGGAUUGGGUACGAGGGACCUACAACACUCCAAUAACAUUCACUUACGAGCUUCGUGAUACAGGAAGAAAUGGUUUCAUCCUGCCGGCAAAUCAAAUUAUACCGACUGCAGAGGAAACGAUGGAUUCAUUGGUUGCCAUGUUCGAGCAAGCUGCAAAGCUUGGUUAUGGAGCGUCUUAGACAACACUAUUUAAAUAUAAUUAUUUUUAAACAGAGUUCAAUUUAUCAGUACUCCAAGGUACAUUAAGCAGUCAACUACGUUUGAAUCUCCUAAUUUAUAUUUUUACAAAAUUGUGCGAAAAUAGUGUUAAUAUUUAUACCAUCGUAUUAACGUUUUUCAGUUUAGUAUUAAGUGGAUACAAAUAUUGUUACGAUAUGUAUUAUAAAAUCAAGUUUAAUAGUUGAAAUAAUUCAUGGCCCAUCAAGUGUGAAUUUUAUUCUUCUAAUGUUUCAAAUAUUACAAUUUCGUAUUGUUUUAAAAUAAUUACUAAUUCAUACUAUUUUUAUUAAACUAAACACGCUUACUAUUGUUUCACCUUUUGACUGAAGCUCCAUUAUUUCUUUUACGAUUGAAACUUUGAAACUACUACUUGUUCUUUCGCGAUGAUCAAAUUUAUUAUAAUAAACUCCAAAGAAGUUUUCAUCGCGUUACGUCCUAGGAACAUGUUUGACUACAAACAUACAUUUAUAAUCAGAGAUUGAUCAUAAUCUAUGUGUUUUCUUUUAUAGGCUUUUGGUUUAUCGCGAUUUGAUAUAUCCAUCCAAAAAUGUAGACUCUAAAUUGGGAAGGUUGUUUGUAAUCGCGAUCUUGAUUCUUCACCUGCACUUAAAACACUAGCAUGUUCACACGAACGAUCGGAUUAUGUUCGAUAGAAUGUUCGUCAUUUUAAUUUGUUUAACACCUUAUCGAGUGAAUUUUAUUUAUUUAUUUAUUCUUCAAGAAAGAAAUUAUUCCGAAGGUUUAGAAGAUAUUUAAAGAAUUUUUAAAAAAGACAAGUUGACAAAACUAUUAUCAAUAAUUUGUCGAUUAAUAUGGCAAAUCGGAAUUUAGUAGAUUUUCUUAUAAACAAACAGACUUUUGAUACACUAAUUUUACUGCCGACUUUAUUCUUCUUUAUAUUGUCCAAAAUUUAAUUCUUUUGUAGAUGAUAAACGUCUAUAUACUAAAUAUUUCUAUGAUGUUAAUGAAUAUUAAAUUUUCGCGAAACCGAUGCUUUGUGUUUUUUUUUAAGGAAUGACAUCCUCGUGACGAAAAGAAUUUAAAUCUGUUUACAAUAAAAAUAAAAUAAGAAGAGUGCUAUGGAAGAAAUCGUAUUAAUGACAAAGAUAUGAUUCUCAGUAAUAUAUUAUUCUAGAUGCUGAUCUUUAUGAAAUACAUACACGAAUAUCCAUAUCUCAAAGGCAAACUACAGUAAGUAAGACUUCGAAAUCUAAAAAUUGUGUAUAAGCAUACCACAAUCACUUUACUAAUAUUAAACUCUUAACUGCUACUUAAAAUAUUAAGUUAAAAAAAUUGUGUAGUAACGUACACCUAGUUCCCUUCUAAGCUACAAUUAUUGAAGAAUACAUUACAAAAUUAAAUCAACGCAAAGAUCUUUCCCAUUACCGAAUAAUUCGCCACGAAAAUAAUUAUUACACGCGUAACUAUUCAUUCAAUUAAAAUAAAAUGUACCAAUUGAAUAAAAUCAUUUUUAGCUACACACCCUAUCAUCCUGCAUUUCCUUUCCUUUCAUGCACCAAAUUGUAGGUCCACAGGGGGAUUGAAACGGCACACAUUAUUCCCUGUCGCGGUAUUAACGAUCAGUGUCCGAGUGGAGUAACCCGGAAUUAA